CCUCAGCAAUGCCGCCGCACGGGCACCUCCACAUCCACCCGUAAACCUCGCUUCUUUAAUUGACCUUUUUUUUUUUAACCAAGAAGAAGCGGUCAGUUAUGGAAUAAUUCCCAAACGAGGAUUGGUGGAAAAUUAACUGCAUUUCCUUUCGCUUUUUGGCCAAAAUCAAAAGGAUUCUGACUAAAAUAACGGGGCGCUUGAACAUGGCUGACGGGGCCAAAACCGCGUCCGGUGGCUCCACAGCUGGUUCUGUGAAAUCCAAAGUGGGAGUGGUACUGAGCAAGCUGCGAGUGUCCGUGGAGCUGCUCAUCGCCCUGGCUGCCUUCUUGUCCUGGCUGGUGGUGGGCGUGGUCAUGUUUGACUUUGUGGAGUACAAGGCAGUACCUGACAUUCAGCAGGUGGUGUCAGACCCGGUCCAAGCCGUGCAUGAUGCAGUGGAGGAGGUGUCCAGUCUGCUCAACAAGUUCCAAGAAUGUGCGCCUGACCUAAGUGACCCCAUGUCUGCAGCCGCGUACGCGGUGGAGGAAAUAGCGGAAGCAAAAGAUGGAUUUGUGCAAUACUUGUCAGACGAAGAAGGAAACUUCUACCUGAGCUAUGUUGACCCGGUGGUCUUUGGCAGAAGACUUUUCCAUUCAACCGACGACUGCGUGUGCGGCGUGACGGCGUCCAUCAGGGACGCUCUGUGUGCCGCCGUGGACGCCGCGUCGGCCACUGUAUCGUACUUAAAAACAGGAACAAUGGACAUGAGCUUCAUGGAUCCAGUGGCGUUAGGCCGAGGCGUCUUCUUCAGCAUCAACGACUUCACGAGUGGUUGGAUGUCCUCCAUCCAGAAGUUCUUUUGCCGCAUCUUGGACUCUUUUCUGGAUCUCAUUAAAGGAACUGUUGAUCUCAGCGUUUUGGACCCUGUGGCGUUUGGUAGAAACGUCAUCAUGGCCACAAACGACACCAUCACUAAAGUCUCCAGCAGCCUCCAGGAAGUGAUGGAUGCUGUUACAGACAGCGUUGGAAACAUUGUCAAAGGAACUACGGACUUGAGCUUCAUUAACCCGGUGGUGAUUGGCAGAAAUGUCUUCGGUGUCUUUAACAAGCUUGUGAGUGGAACAUUCGCACAUCUCCAGGAUGUGUUGUGUUCCACUGCGGACGUGACGCUGGACGCCAUUAAAGACAUCCAGGAAAAAGUCGCAUUCAGCCCCUCUGCGGCGCUAAAGAGGACCGUGGAAAUUGUCGUAGAGCAGUACCACAUGCUGGUGGACGCCAUUGCUGCCUUGCUAAUAGGCGAACAAGGAAUCUUGCCCGAUGUGACCUUCAACCCGAUGAAAGUGAUGGAAGAUGCCAUGUUGGUGCUGACGGAAAAGAAGGACGUGUUAGUGGCGUAUUUGUCCAGCAUGAUUGUGGCGGAUCAAGGAGAAUCUGUUGCUUCACCGGCUGUCAGCGUCAUUCCUGAAAAAGUUGAAAGUGUGGCAUCCCACUCUGAGAGACAUAUGGUCAGGCGCAAAGGUGAAUUUCUGCCACCAUAUGUAAAAGUUGCAGAGAUGAUGAUCGCCGCUAAAGACACAGAAGACGACAAAAAAGCAGCGAAGGAGGCGUCAGCAUCACCGGGAGAGGAGAAAGAGGAGACGGACACGGGAAAAGAUGACAGGGAGGAGCAGCAGUGGGAGGAAAAAGAUGAUGUUGACGAAGUAACAGAAGAGCAGAUGAAUAAAGAAAGAGAUGAAGAAGAAAUUGUGACAAAAGAGGAGACCAAAGAUGCUCAAGUUCUGUUAGUGGAGGAGGAGUCAAGAGAAGAAGAGGACACAACAUUAGAUGAAGACAAUGUGGAGGAGACAACGAAUAAAGGUGAUGAUGAGGAGAAGGAAGCAGAGACAAUUUUAGAUGAUGCGAUGGAAGAUGAAGAGACUACAACAUUAGAGGAGAACAGGAUACUGUUAGAUGAGGAGUCGACAUUAGAUAACGAUAAGGGCAUCACGACUGAAGAUGACAACGAGGAGGAAGUGGAGACGACAUCUGAAGAGAGGGAGGAGGGAGAAAACACCACCGCUAUAAAAGAUGACGAUGAGGAGGAAAAAGAAGAUGAGGACACAACAUUAGAUGAGGAGGAGGAAAAUGAGGAGACCACAACUGAAGAUGACUCUAAGGAGGUAGUGGACACAACCUUAGAGGACGAGGUGGGAGAAGACACAACCACAAUUGAAGUUGAGGAGACCACAACUGAAAAUAACUAUGAGGAAGAGGAGGAGACAACAUUAGAUGAGGAGAUCACAAAAGAAGAGGAGACAACUGAAGAGGGGGAGGAGGGAGAAGACACCACCACAAUGAAAGAUGACGAUGAGCAGGAAGAGGAGGAGACCACAACUGCAAAUGACGAGGAAGAAGAAGAAACAACAUCAGAUCAAGAGGAAGACGAGGAGACUACAACUGAAGAAGACAAUGAGGAGGAAGAGGAGAUGACAACUGAAGAGGAGGAGGGAGAAGACACCACCACGAUUAAAGAUGACGAUGAUGAGGAGGAGGAAACAACAACUGAAGAUGAGGAGACUAUUACUGAAGAAGACAAUGAGGAGGAAGAGGAGAUGACAACUGAAGAGGAGGAGGGAGAAGACACCACCACGACUAAAGAUGACGAUGAUGAGGAGGAGGAAACAACAACUGAAGAUGAGGAGACUACAACUGAAGAAGACAAUGAGGAGGAAGAGGAGAUGACAACUGAAGAGGAGGAGGGAGAAGACACCACCACGACUAAAGGUGACGAUGAUGAGGAGGAGGAAACAACAACUGAAGAAGAGGAGAUGACAACUGAAGAGGAGGAAGGAGAAGACACCACCACGAUUAAAGAUGAAGAUGAUGAUGAGGAAACCACAACUGAAGAUGAGGAGACUACAACUGAAGAAGACAAUGAGGAGGAAGAGGAGAUGACAACUGAAGAGGAGGAGGGAGAAGACACCACCACGACUAAAGAUGACGAUGAUGAGGAGGAGGAAACAACAACUGAAGAUGAGGAGACUACAACUGAAGAAGACAAUGAGGAGGAAGAGGAGAUGACAACUGAAGAGGAGGAGGGAGAAGACACCACCACGACUAAAGGUGACGAUGAUGAGGAGGAGGAAACAACAACUGAAGAAGAGGAGAUGACAACUGAAGAGGAGGAAGGAGAAGACACCACCACGAUUAAAGAUGAAGAUGAUGAUGAGGAAACCACAACUGAAGAUGAGGAGACUACAACUGAAGAAGACAAUGAGGAGGAAGAGGAGUUGACAACUGAAGAGGAGGAAGGAGAAGACACCACCACGAUUAAAGAUGACAAUGAUGAUGAUGAGGAGGAAACAACAACAACUGAAGACGAUGAUGAAGAGGAAGACGAGGACGCAAUAGGAGUAGAUCAUGUGGAGGACACCACAACUAAAAACGAUGAGGGUGAGGAAGAGGAGGUCGAGACCACAACUUUAAAACACGUGAAAGAGGACCAAAAGGAGGAGACCUUAUUAGAUGAGGAGGAGGAGGAAGGUGUGGGGACAACACUAGAUAUUGGUAUGGAGGAGGAGGAGGAGGCAACAUCACUAGAUGAUGAUAUUGAGGAGGAGGAGGAGGCAACUGAAGAUGGGGACAAGAAUGAGGAAGAGGAGCUGACAACAGAGGAGGGGGAGGAAGAAGAAAAGGAGACCACAACAGCAGAUGAAGACGAGGAGUCCACAACAACAGAAGAUGAAGAUAAAGAGGAGCCUACAACAAUAUUAGAUGAUGACGAUGAGGAGAAGCAUAAGGAGACAACAAUAACAGAGGAUGAAGAGGAAGAGAAAUCCACAACAAUAUUAGACGACGAAGAUGAGCAAACAACCAUAACAGCAGAUGAAGAGGAAGAUGAAAAGGAGUCCACAACAAUAUUAGAUGAAGAGGAUAAGUAUGAGGAGACAACAACAACAAUAGAUGAAGAGGAGGAGGCUUUCAUCAAUAAUGAAGUUCCUGGCGAUGUAGAUGAGGUGGAGUCUUCAGUACACCAAGUUGAAAGUACAUCUGAUGAAAGUAGCCACAGCUUAACAUCUGAUGAUGAUGAUGAUGAUGAAGCAGUGUAUGACCUCAAUACAAACAGCGACAGGAUGGCUGACGGCCAUGAAAACAACAACGAGAGGGAGAGUGGGAGCGUGGAGCCUGUAGGAAGAAGGAAAGAUCUCAGCAAACGUGACAAAGUCGUGGAAGAAGCAGAGAAAAGAGAAGCACUUAAAGAAGUUAAAGAUAGACUUAAAGAUCUUUUAAAAGAUGGGAAAAAGGACGCAGAACAUGAGGAAUCAGUCAAAAACAAAACAACAACAGAAGAAAAGCCAAGAGAGAAGGUCAAACCUACCUUGACUACACUUCUUAAGCAAAAAACGGACAAAUCCAAAGAACAAACCCUGGAGAAGAAGCCACCAAAGGAGCCUCAAGUUAAAGCGAAGUCCAUCAAAGACAAAACAGAUAUUAAAAAGCCUUUUGAGGAGGUCUCCAGAGUUAAGAAGCUGGGAAUUAAGAGAACAGCCACAGACGACAGAAAGUAUUCAAAGGAUCUGAGGAAACCUACCAAAGAAGAGAAAAGAGAGAAAGAACCAGACUUUAAAAAUCAAACCAAGAAAGAGGAGGCAAAGCCUCUCAAAGAACCUUUUAGAAAGGAGAAUGAAGUCAGGAAAACUCUGAAAGAAGAGAAAGGGGUAUUGGAAACUCCAAAGGACACGAUAGAUAAUAAGGUAAAAGAAGACAAAAAAACACUGAAAUCCCAGAAAGAGGUCAAGAAACCUGACAAAGAACAACAAAAAACUGAAGAACCACCCAAAGAAAAAGCCAAGAUAGAGGUCAGGAAAUCGCUUAAAGAAGAGCAAGAUGUUAAAAAACCACCCAAGGAAGAAGCCAAAGAGGCAAAAGUGAUCAGGAAACCUAACAGAAAACUGAGUCCCACCAAGAGAUUACUCAAAGAAGAAGACAAGAAAUUAUCGAUUGUUAAAGAAGCCAAGAAAAUGUAUACAGAAGUUGAGAAAGCUCCUAAAGAAAAGAAUGUCACAAUGCAACAUCCCAAAACAGAAAUCAAAGACAAGAAACCUCUCAAAGUGGUGAAAAUAAUCAAGAAAACCAUCAAACCAUCAACAGAUGAAAAAGAAGAUCAGAAACUUACUUUGGGAGAAGUCAAGAAAGCUCCGGGAAAGGAGAAAAUCAUGAAAGAACAUCCCAAAGACGAAAAAGAACUCAAGACACUUGUCAAACCAGAGAGAAAAAUGAAUGUCACGUCUAAAGAAACAACGAAACCCCAAGAUGACAUAAAAAAAGUCAAGAAAUCUCCCAAAGACGAAAAAGAACUCAAGAAACUUGUCAAACCAGAGAGAAAAAUGAAUGUCACGUCUAAAGAAACAAAGAAACCCCAAGAUGACAUAAAAAAAGUCAAGAAAUCUCCCAAAGACGAAAAAGAACUCAAUAAACUUGUCAAACCAGAGAGAAAAAUGAAUGUCACGGCUAAAGAAACAAAGAAACCCCAAGAUGACAUUAAAAAGGUCAAGAAAUCUCCCAAAGAUGAGAAGGAAAUCAAGAAACUCGUCAAACCAGAGAGAGAAACAAAUGUAUCGUUUACAGAACCAGUGAGACGAUCGGUAUUCCUGAAAGAAGUCAAGAAAUAUUCCAAAGUCAAGAGAGAUGCCAAACGGGAUAUAAUGAUUACAAGACUUUUGAAAGUAGAAGCCAAGGAACUUACAGAAAAGGAGGAGACAGAACCAAAGAAAGCAACCAAAGACAAGACAGAAAAUAAACCUCAUGAGAAAGAGAGUGUCAUCAGAAGCACUUCCAAAGUAGAUAAAGAAGUUCUCAAGAAACCUCAUAUAGAAGACAAAGCAGUAAAUGAAAUUACCAAAGAAAAGGACGACACCAGGAAACAGCUUAAAGAAGAGAAACCAAAGACGGCACAUAAAAAGGCCCCCACUCUGGAGAAGGAGAAGACGCCUCAUGAAGCCCCAUUUCAGGUGAAAGAAGAGAAGAUUUCAGUCAAAGAAAAGAAAAAAACUCUUAAAGAAGAGAAGAUUCAACCGAAAGAAGAAAAGAUUCUAGUCAAAGAAGAGGGGAAACAUCCUAAAGAAAAUAUACCACCUAUAGAAGAGGAGAUCCAAACUGAAGAGGAGAAGAUUCAACUCAAAGAAGAGAAGAAACCUUUUAAGGAGAAGAUCCAAUCCAAACAGGAGAAGAAAGCUCCUAAAGAAGAGAAGAAACCUCCUAAAGAGGUGAAAAUUCAACCCAAAGAAGAGAGACCUCUUAAAGAGGAAAAAACGCAAUCCAACGAACAGAAGAGAAAGACUCCAGUCAAAGAAAAGAUGAUCCCAUCCAAACAGGAGAUGAAACCACAUCAAGAAGAGAAGAUUCAACCUAAAGAAGAAAAGAUUCUAGUCAAAGAAGAGGGGAAGCAUCCUAAAGAAAAGAUACCACCAAAAGAAGAGGAGAUCCAACCUAAAGAGGAGAAGAUUCAACCCAAAGAAGAGAAGAAACCUUCUAAGGAGAAUAUUCAAUCCAAACAGGAGAAGAAAGCUCCUAAAGAAGAGAAGAAACCUCCUAAAGAGGUGAAAAUUCUACCCAUAGAAGAGAGACCUCUUAAAGAGGAAAAAACGCAAUCCAACGAACAGAAGAGAAAGACUCCAGUCAAAGAAAAGAUGAUCCCAUCCAAACAGGAGAUUAAACCACAUCAAGAAGAGAAGAUUCAACCUAAAGAAGAAAAGAUUCUAGUCAAAGAAGAGGGGAAGCAUCCUAAAGAAAAGAUACCACCAAAAGAAGAGGAGAUCCAACCUAAAGAGGAGAAGAUUCAACCCAAAGAAGAGAAGAAACCUUCUAAGGAGAAUAUUCAAUCCAAACAGGAGAAGAAAGCUCCUAAAGAAGAGAAGAAACCUCCUAAAGAGGUGAAAAUUCUACCCAUAGAAGAGAGGCCUCUUAAAGAGGAAAAAAUGCAAUCUAACCAACAGAAGAGAAGGAGUCCAGUCAAAGAAAAUACGAUCCCAUCCAAAGAGGAGAUGAAACUACAUCAAGAAGAGAAACCACUUAAAGAAGAAAAGAAGAUUCCAAUCAAAGACAAAGAGGUUACAAAAACCCCCAAAGAAGAUAAAGAACAAAAGAAACUCCCCAAGGAAGAGGGGGAAGAUAUAGUAGUGGGGAAAAAACCUUCCAUCAAGAAAGUAAAAAUAAUCAAGAAACCAAUAAAAGAUGCUGCAGAAUUAAGAAGACCAUCUAAAGAAGUCAGACAGCCCUUGAGAGAGAACAUAGUGACAGAAUCUUCCAAGCACGGGAAGAAAGACAAAGAAAAGGAAGGACCUGAACAGAAGACACCCACAGAGGAGAAGGAAGCCCCCAAGAAGCUUUCAAUGGAAAAAACCCCACAUGAAGCAAAGACAGUAUCAUCAAAGAUCCCCAAAGAAGUUGCUGAACCCGUCAAAUCUUUCAGGACUCAUGGACUUGUCAAAAUGCAUCUCCAAGAGGAGAAGGAAGAACUAGCUGAUACUGCUUCAAAAGACCAAUCUGAAGAAACAUCAGAGAAGACCAUAGACAAAAAAGGACUGAAGAUCCUCAAAGAAAGAAAACAACCAGAAAAAGAUGAAAAGAGAGAGAUAAUUUCCAAAGGACUGCAGAAGAUAAUCAAACAAAAAUCAGAGGAACCCUUAAAGAAAGAAAAGCAUGUUUUAAAACAAUCUAAGAAGGACGGAAAAGACAGUGAACAGAAGAAGCUGUCCAGGGUGGUCUCUGAAGAAGUGAAAGUGAUCGCCAAAGAGAAAACAAGGACCAUAGUCAAAGAAGUGAAAGAGGACAGGAAGACUUCUACAGAAGAAGCUGGGAAGACAGCCACAAGAACCACAAAGACUGAGAAGACCAGAAUGUCCAUCAUGACGAAGGAACAUGUUAAUGCUACUAAAGCUGCUGAUGUGCCCAAGAGACCUUUAAGUUUGGUAAGGCUCACCAAAAAGCAGAUAGCCCCCAUCUUGAAAAAGGAACAAAAGAAUGCAACCAAAAUAGAGGCCCCACAGGUUCCUAAGGUGACGGCCAAACCAGAAGCUGCAAAGAAAGAGGUGCCAAACGCAAAAGUUGCAGCAGCUCCUGCCAAGAAAGAGGCUCCGAAGAAAAAGCUCAAACCGGUCAUCAGGAAAAAAGUAUUGGCAGAACAAGUGAGUCCUGCAAGAAACGCCUCCCUGCUGAAGGAGAGAGUCAAAAUAGUGCCAAUGAAGAAAGCUGCUGAAGCAGUCACGGUAAAGGGAAAAGCAGUUGUGCCAAGAAGAGAUGGAGUGGCCGCACAUAAAAAUGCUUCUCUAACCAAGGAGAAGGUGAAAGUGGUGCCACUGAAGAAAGAACCAGACGCUGCAAAGGAAAAGGCCAAAGCAGCCGAUGAAAAGAAAGUGUCCUCUGAAGCCGAAGCUGACACAAAGAGGGGAAAGGCCACAUCCCUCCUAAAAACUAAAAUGCAAGAACCCUCAAAAGAAAAUAUCAAGCCUGCAGCGGUGAAAAAAGAUACUGAGCUUGCAAAGGAGGCAAAAGUAGCAAAGAAAGAGGCUAAGCAUGCAAAAGAAGUCACGGCAGAAAAGAAAGCAGAGGCUGAUCUUGCAAAGGAGGCCAAAACAUCUGCAGCAAAAAAAGAUAAAUCUGCAAAAGAGGAGCAGGCAAAAGUCGACUCGGAGGAAUUUCCGAUGGAGGACGAGCUGCCCUACUUUCAGUGUUUCUUCGUGGACGAGGACGAGGCCCAGUUUCCCUUUUACGCCUUUUCGCCUCUGCAGAUUUAA